AAUAGAAAAUCAUAGCAACUUAGAUGUCGAGAACACCUACUAACGCAGUGGUUCUGGUACUGCUGGCUGUGCUGCGCGCUUCGCUGUCCGAUAAGUAAAAGAGAAGCAUGGUUUGGGCAGCACCGGCAGGCUCCACACACUUUGACAGAAAGAAGCAAGACGGCGAGUGAGAGUUGGGGAAUAAACGGGAGGUUGGGAGAGCCCUCCCCCUGCCAAAUGUCUCGAUGGAUCCACUCCUUCAUAACCCCACUCUUCUCCAGCCUUGCGCAGAUGGCCAACGUGUCCAAACAGGACUGUGAAUAUGCUCACACGGCCACGGGAUGACAAGAUGAGAGCAGAUUAGAAAUCGAACUCUUCUCCCACUGCUUUGUUUUAUUUAGUGUCUAGGGAAAGCCAAAGUAGUCAAACACCCUGCGCAAGAGCACUUGGCUCCAUAUGAAUGUCUGUCGGUCUCCCAGCGCACAGCGCUGGUGAUGCCAUGCCGCGAAGUCACACCGGCGAUGAGAGCAGCGGCACUGGGCUCUGGCUGAAGACCCCAACAGGACACCGGGCGCAGGACUACGCACUGAAAGAUGUGGAGUCUGGGCAGAGGACGAUGAAUAACGCGGUGCGGGUCGGGGCCGGGGCGGGGCCCCCGGCGGGCGGGGGGGGGGGGGGGAAAAAAAGGGGGGGGGCCCCCCCCCCCGGGGGGGGGGGGGGGCCGCUGAUCUACAGCGCGCAGAGCGGCCGCAGGAACGCGCGGUACCGGCGGUUCCAGAACUACCUGUACAACGUGUUGGAGAGACCGAGGGAAUGGGCUUUCAUCUACCACGCUUUUGUGUUCAUCCUGGUGUUUGGAUGUCUGGUUCUCUCUGUGUUUUCCACCAUCCCUGCUCACCAGGAUGUCUCCACACACUGCCUGCUCAUCCUGGAGUUUGUGAUGAUUGUAGUGUUUGGUCUGGAGUACAUCAUCAGGAUAUGGAGUGCUGGCUGCUGCUGCCGCUACCGAGGCUGGCAAGGACGCCUCCGAUUCGCCAGGAAGCCGUUCUGUGUUAUAGACAUCAUCGUACUCAUCGCCUCUGUUGCCGUGGUUUCAGCCGGUAGCCAGGGUAACAUUUUUGCUACCUCUGCUCUGCGUAGCCUUCGUUUCCUGCAGAUCCUGCGCAUGGUGCGCAUGGACCGCAGGGGAGGGACCUGGAAGUUGCUGGGAUCUGUAGUUUAUGCACAUAGUAAGGAGCUGGUGACUGCCUGGUACAUUGGGUUUCUGGUGCUAAUCUUCUCCUCCUUCUUGGUUUAUCUGGUGGAGAAAGAACUCAACCAGGAGUUCGCCACCUACGCUGACGCUCUGUGGUGGGGCACGAUCACCCUUACAACCAUUGGCUACGGUGACAAGACCCCGCAGACGUGGACCGGACGGUUAUUAUCAGCUGGUUUUGCUCUGCUGGGGAUCUCCUUCUUCGCUCUUCCAGCUGGCAUCCUCGGGUCAGGUUUUGCCCUGAAAGUGCAGGAGCAGCAUCGACAGAAGCACUUUGAAAAGAGGAGGAACCCAGCUGCCAGCCUCAUUCAGUGUGUCUGGCGUAGUUAUGCUGCUGAUGAGAACUCGGUUUCCAUUGCUACCUGGAAGCCUCAUUUGAAGGCGUUGCAUACCUGCAGCCCCGCCAAGAAAGAGCAAGGAGAGACUACUUGCAGUCAGAAGUUGAGUUUUAAGGAGCGGGUCCGGAUGGCGAGUCCCCGUGGUCAGAGCAUGAAGAGCAGGCAGACGUCCAUCAGCGACCGCCAACGCUCUUCCCCUGGCAACGAGGUGGUGGGCGGCGCAGAUCUGAUGGGUGGCAGCCCUGCCAAAGUGCAGAAGAGCUGGAGCUUCAAUGAUCGGACCCGGUUUAGGCCGUCACUGAGGCUGAAGAGCCAGACUCGCACUGCUGUCCCAGAUGUGGACACAGGCAUGACCACAGAGGAUUCCUUUGAUGAGAGAGGCUGCCAUUGCGACGUUACAGUGGAAGAUCUAUCGGCUCCCCUCAAGGCUGUCAUCAGAGCUGUCAGGAUCAUGAAGUUCCACGUUGCAAAAAAGAAGUUUAAGGAGACGUUGCGUCCGUACGAUGUGAAGGAUGUCAUAGAGCAGUACUCUGCAGGACACUUGGACAUGCUCUGUCGCAUCAAGAGCCUUCAGACUAGACUAGACACUGUAGUGGGUCCCCCUCCAAAGCCUUUCAGCAGCCGCGUCAAGACCUUAUCCUCUCCCUCCCUGCAUUUAUAUUACAGCCAGGCCCGGAGGAAACAGUCUGCACCGGGACUGGCCAGUGCAGCGGGCUCUGGUCCCAGCCUGAGUAGCCGACCAAGGAACAUGUCUUCUCCUGCCCUGCACUAUUAUUACAGCAACCACAGGAAGAAGCUCCCUGGCUCAGGGGUGGAUCAGAUUCUGGGAAAAGGCCAUAUUCCUGUGGAUAAGAAGAUGAGGGACAAACUGCACCCAGAUGGAGACUCUCUAGAGAGCAUGAGCAUGCUGGGACGUGUGUGUAAGGUAGAGAGACAGGUAACUUCCAUUGAAUCAAAAUUGGACUCUUUGCUGGACGUUUACCGCCAAGUCCUACACAAAGGCCCCACAGCACUCACCCUCUCCUCCCUUCCCCUGUUCGAGCUGGACAACCACCAGCAUCGCAACUCUGACUACCAGACCUCCAUCGUUGGCAGGGAUCUACCCUCCCCCCAGAGAGGCGAUCCGGCUGGAGGUGGAAGAAAUAACAGUGGGGGCAUACGUCGUUCUCUUAGCGUCAACCCUAGAGGCCUGCGGCUCAUCCUGGCACCCGCUGAUGAUGACGGCCCCCCAGACUCAGAACCUCCAUCCUAUCCUCCGUCAACAGCCUCGCUCUCCCCAUCACCCCUGCUGCCUCGAUAUCCAACCUUGCUCACCCCCAACGGUAACUCCAAAAGAGCACACUUUCCUGACCUCCCACCGCCACCUCCCUCAACAGGGGGUUUUACCCUCCGUCUGCCCCCCAUGAUGCAUCCCUCCCACCUCCGAUACUCCGCUGACCCCGUCCCAGAUGAAAUGACAGAUGGAGUGCCGGUGGAUGAGGGGAGCCUGGGCCCCUCUUUUGUUGUUGGAUCCAGUGUCGAUGCUGAUGAGGAAGGGGACAGCGAGGCAGGCCCUACCCAGGGAAGGGUGCCGCUGCGGGAGAAGACUGGCUUGAAAUCUGAGGGGGUUUGGAGGAGGCACAUGAGCCUGGAGCUUGAUCCCCUGCUGCUGCUCUCGUCUAGCCCGGAAGAGAAGCCUUCAGACUGGGAAGGCAGUCUUGGAAAAUCCCUCUCUGUGAACAAUCUCAACCAGCCUUCGACCAACCAUGCCCCUGGUCUCGCCUCCGUGCUCAACAACAGCAGCAGCAGCAAUGGUAGCAAACGUGGCAAUGCCUACGGUGACCUUAGAAACUGGGAUGGAACAGAACUCUUCAUUAGGGAGUGCAAACUAGAGCCAACAGAAGAACAUUUCAACUUACUGUCCCAGGGACCUGACAGCAUCCCCUCAGACCUUUUACAGACUGUGGAGGAGGCUGCACCUCACCCCGAGUUUCUCAGUCAGUCCCCACCACACGUACAGCUGGCAUAACUACACACACACACACACAUAAACACACUCUCUCUCACCCACACACACACACACACACAAACACACACACACACACUUGCAUACUGUAAGUACAAACCAUUGUUGGGGAAGCCACUUUUAAAGUAUUUUUACACUCUACAUAUAUUGUGUUGGAAAUGUCCAAUCAAUGUUUUCUAUAUGGACAUACAAGGUUUCACAUUUUGUCUAACAUGAUUAUAUCCACUCAUUCAUUAUGUUAAAUACUUUUUAUAGGGUAUUACAAUUACUUUUAUUAAGAAUAAAAGUAUAAAAUAUGUAUGAAAGUGGGCAUAUUUACAUUAGACAAAAUACACAAACAAUACACAAAUACAAGAUACCUUCAUUUAAGAGAAUUUGCUUUGGUCUUUAUUUAAAGAUAUUUAGAGAUUCAUUUAUUAACUUUUUACAAGAUCAUAUAUUAAUAAAAAGGUUGCUAAAACAAAAAUUUUGUUUCAAAUAAAGAGCAAGAAAGGGAUGUUACCUGUGAUUUCUGAGCCUAGACUAGACAUCGAAGUGUAGAAGCACAUCAAAUAAUUUGGUUCACCACAAAAAUAUACUGUGAGUAAUGUUAACUUUCUUUUCAAUGUCAUUUCCAGCAGUCUUACAUUUUAACUUCUGUCUGAUCCUAAACACAAACCAAAGUAGUUUGGGCACAUCACUGAAACAAGCAGGAGUGUUUGUUGUAGAAAUCGAAGGACAUCUGCCUUGUGGCAACCUUGACAAUUGAAUGAUUGAAUCAAAUCAGAAGGAAAUACUGCAUGAUUGUCUCACAGCCAAAAAUAGGUGCAAGUUAGUGUAGUUAAACCUCAAACAAGCCACUGGAAGCUAUAGGUCAACCACUUCUUCCGUACACACACACACACACACACACACACACACACACACACACACACACACACACACACACACGCAGGCAGGCAGGCAGACAGACACAUCCACAACCAGAGUACUCCAGCCAACUUGAAAAAGAGCUGUGACUCACAAAUUACUGUCGAAUGGUUUAGUUUUUCAUACAAUACUUUUCAUUCAAAUACUUUCUUGGAAGAAGAGGAGAUCCAAUCACUCUCCUUAUUCAAUGUCUGUCUUUGGCAAUGUAAAAUGUCAUCAUUUUACGAAUGCUUUCAUACAUAUCACUGCAUGGACUGUAUCCGAAAACAAAUGAAUGAAAGGAGAAUUACAGUCUGUGUGAAGCCUGGUAUGAUGGGAAUAGCUCAAUUCCCAAAAAAAAAAAA